UCCUUCAUUUUUUCAUGUAGCUAGCUAAACUAAUAACCAAGCCAUAUUAUUAGAAAGCCAUAUCAAUACAUCUCCCAGAAUGGUUAGUGCAGGUAGACAAUGGACUUGGGCAGCCGCAGGGUUCUGCUUGAUAAUCACACUGGGAUGGCCAAUCAAGAAGACUUGUGCGUUUGGUAUUUUUGGUAAUAAUAUUGCUACUUUCGCCACCAAGACAACCAAUUAUUUCCGCAAGAGUGCACUGAGGUCCAGCCCAUCAGAAGCAAUUUCAAGGGAAUUAGAAGAAGAAGAGAAAGAAGUGGAGCACCAGAUUCAACGUGGCCAAGAUGAGUUGCAGCAAUACUUUGAUUUUCCACUCGAUGAUUGGCAGCUGCAAGCAGGAGGAGCCAUAUUAGAAGGAUACAAUGUCAUUGUCUGUGCUCCUACUGGUGCCGGAAAAACCGUGGUGGGAGAAAUGGCACUACGAGUCGCCUUUACGAUGCAACAAAAGCACGCAAUCUACACAACUCCCUUGAAAGCGUUGUCGAAUCAAAAAUACGGAGACUUGUGUCCCAUGUUUGGCAAAUCCAAUGUGGGUCUCUCCACGGGAGAUAUUUCCAUUCACAAGGGAGCACCCAUUACGGUCAUGACCACGGAAGUCUACCGCAAUAUUGCCUGGCGGGCAUCUUCUAGCAAGGCUGGUAUAGUCCGAAAGCAAGACCUUUUGGACAACCGUAAUAAUUUGGAACAAAAUGCCAUGUGUGUCCUGGACGAAUUCCAUUACAUGGGACAUCCCGGACGAGGUGGUGUCUGGGAAGAAUGCGUCAUUACAUCUCCCCUUCAUACCCAACUCAUUGGACUCUCUGCCACACUCCCCAAUGCUCCCCAGCUCACGGCGUGGAUGGAACACGUCACGGGACGCAAAACUGUACUCGUCAAUACUAGCGCCACAAAACCAAGACCCGUCCCCUUGCGGUAUCUCUUUGCCACCAAGGAGGGAUUGUUCCCUCUCUUCAAAGACCCGGAAGCGGGUCCCGGGGCUCCCAAGGGAUUGUUGGGAUUGCGCGGGGAUGGAGUUACGACUGGGGAGGAUUCGAAACAGAGGAAACGAAAAAAUAAGGACAAUGACGACACUGACGACCACAACAGCAAGCUCCCCAGAGGCUUACACAUCAAUCCGCAACUCAAGGCGGCCGCCGACAAACGACUCCAAAAAGUAAAUCGCGCCAUUGACCGCAAAAAAGUGCGUCAAAUGACACAAAACAAUCGCAGCAAUACUAAGAAUGACGACGACGACGACUGGGAAUGGGGCAGACGAGGACGAGGGCGAAAAAGUGGCCCCAUGUCGCCACGAGACGAAAAGCGGGAACGAGAACGUCUUCUCAAACAAGAAUUGAGACGAUCCGUGCCGUCCUUGGCCGUACUGCUCAAGAGAUUGCAUCAAAAGAAUCUCUUGCCGGCCAUCUUUUUCCUCUUUUCACGAGCCGGUUGUGACGAAGCGGCGCGGAAUGUAUGCAACUUUAUGAGAGGUCCCGUCGGGGAUUCCAUAAAUGAUUUGGAAGAUACAACUAAUAGACCGCAACGCAAACGACAAUCGAGGCAACGCGGCAGUCGAAGAAACGACAACGACAAUAAUCGUCAAAGUUUUGGAAACAACAACCUUGCGCAAGACGCCAACGGUCGAAUGUUUCGCCUCAAUGGCGACUUUGUCAGUGACGACGUUCUGGAGGCAUCAAUCAACGACAUUUUGAAAGAGGAUGACAUUGACGAGGAAGAUCCGUUGAGCAAGGACAAUUUCAAACUCUAUGCAAAGGCUGGCCUACUCAGUUACGAGCAGGUGGAAACUGUGGCUGCAAAGAUUGAAGCCUUCAAUCAAGAGAACGAAGAGAUUGCCUUUCCCAAUGGUAUCAUGAUGCAGUAUUUAUUUGGGGUUGGGUCGCAUCAUGCUGGGAUGUUGCCUGCUCACAAGUCAUUCGUGGAAAUCUUGUUCCGCAAUCAACUCAUGAGGGCAGUGUUUGCCACGGAAACGCUAGCUGCUGGAAUCAACAUGCCAGCACGGACAACUGUGAUCUGUGCCUUGGCAAAACGAGGAGACGGAUCUUCCAUGAACCUGUUAGAGACGAGCAAUCUCUUGCAAAUGGCAGGUAGGGCAGGACGACGUGGCUUUGAUGAAAACGGCUACUGUGUCAUUGUGGCCACACCCUUUGAGAAUCACGAUGAUGCCGCCAAAAUUCUAACCGACCCCAUCAAGCCCAUCACGUCUCAAUUCAGCCCGUCCUAUUCGCUUGCCGUCAACCUGGUCGCCAGGGGUCAAGGCAAAUUGGACGUUGCCAAGCAGCUUGUGGGCAAGAGUUUUGCGCUCUGGGAAAGGUCACAAAUUGAAGAAGACAUUGCAACAGCUGUUGAAACUCAUGGGGAAGGUGUUAGCGAGGUAUUGGAGGCGUCGGCUCAUGAAAGAUUCAUGAUCACGCUCGUGGAAACAUUGCAGCUGCAAGUAGACAAGAAGCGAGCAAGGUUCGACGUUAGUUAUGUUGCAUUUCUCGUGGGUAUCCUGAAUGACAGAGAGAGCCUCAAGAAGGCAUCCAAGUCGUAUCUUGGCGCAGUCAAAAUGUUAGAGCUAGAGAAAAGCACGUUAGGAUACCUCGAAGCCGAACUUGCCACAACCAACCAGGGAGACCAUGAGGACGAUCUGUUGGGAGAGCUUUUCGAGGAUGAUCGGGAAGAAGUGUUGAAGCAGAUUGAAUUUCAAAGAUCUGGAAUUGCCAAAAUUGAAAAAGACAUCAAUAAACAUCCAUUCACCAAGAUUGGCAACAUUGCAAAUGAGCUGAUGGAAGAUCCAAAUUGUCCUGAAGGCAAGGCACUUCUUGCCGAUCUCCGGACUGUUCGUGGAUACGAAUCGAACUUUGGUGGCAAUGAAGGUGACGGCGAUACGCGUCGGCUAGCGCUUUCUCCAGAAGACCUUUGCAGGUUUUCAAAAUCAGCCAUUGUCAUUCGCCGCAAGACGAGGAAGCUGUCCACUGCCAAUCCUGGGCUGGACCCUCUAUCACUAUUGGAACAAGCUGACAAAGCAGAGGAACCGGUCAAUGAUACGUGGGACGAUAUGCUUUCCAUCAUCAAAGUUCUCGUGGCGUACGGGUGUCUGUCUCUGAAGUCAGACUUGAACGAACACGACAACCUCAGCCUGGAGCAAGAAAGCUUUGAAAUCUCACCCGCAGGUAACAGCCUCGGUAUGCUUGGUUUUGACAACUCAUUGUGGUGCAUGACUGCCGUUGGCGGUACGUGGGACGUUGUCGGGGCAUCGUCAAAACUGGAUACCUUUCGAUCGGCCAUUGAGCAGGCUGACAGGGAAGGAGGCGAUUGGUACGACGAUGAUGAACGUGCACAAGCAAACUUGUCCAAAGCACAAGAAGAAGCGGAAGAGUUGGUGUCGCUGAUACGGACCAUGGAGCCAAGCCAGCUAGCCGGUUACGUAUCUUGCUUGAUAUCCGAGGGAUCCCGAAACAGCGGAGGAGGACUUUCCGUCAUUGACAUUUUUCAAAAGAUGGAACCAGUUCAGCAACGAGUGAUCCAAUCGUCGUUGCAAGUGAUGGAGCGUCUGAUGGACGUCCAAAAAGAGUUUGAUGUGGACGAGAAUACCCGUGUUUGUAACUUUGACGUGUCCAACUGCGAUGUUGUGACGGCAUGGGCAUCCGGCUGCAGUUGGAGUGAAGCACUUGAAAUCUCUGGAUCUCCCCCCGGAGAUCUAGCACGAACGUUGAGCCGCGUUUUGGAUGCCGUUCGACAGCUUGCCAAUCUGCCCUAUCGAGCAAUGCGCAAGUCGGACUUUGAAAGAGGCGCAGUAGUUGCCGGUCUUCACCCUGAGAUUCGCAACCUAUGCCGUGAAGCAGCCCUUGCCAUUAACAGAUAUCCUGUCAAGGAUCCGCUUCAGUUUGCAGAAAUUGCGGAUGAAGAAGAAAUCGAAGACGAGCUCUUGGAGGACGAAGACGCAGACGUUGAAAUCUCUGACGAGAGUGACGAGGACGACGAGAAUGAGAUUAAAGUUCCUGAGAUCGACGAGGAUUGACCGCAGCGAAGUUACGAGUAUACAUUCGCAAAGCCCAUCCACCCCACGACGUUGAUUUGGGUCCGAGCAGUUCUAGCUAGGUAGCUACAUGCAUUGAUGUUGCCCAACAAUAGAACUUAUCAUUUUUGUUUUG